AUGUCGGGCUCUCGGGCUCAUGACCCGCCGGCUCAACCGCCCCAGCCGAUCAUGCAGCAGGCCCUCAAGCGGCAGCUCGCCUUCUCCUCCAUGAAACCACCGUUUUCAGCUACAGCAGACUACCACGGCUUCGUUCCCGACCCUCGCCAACUCACUGAUUCAGAAGCAUAUGGCAUAUACGUUAAGCCCUCUCAGCUAAAACGGAAGAGUGAUGCGGCAGAUUACGAAGCUGAGUCUAGUGAUAGGACAGCUGCUCCUGGAUAUACUGAAGUAGUUACCAGCCCCCUCCAGACUCCUGUGUCAAGCAAGGUGGGAAAGGCAAACAAAACAUCAAGGCUGACAAAAUGUAGCAGAUCUGGACCCCAGACUCCGGCUUCCAAUGUGGGUUCUCCUUCUGGGGCUAAUCUUACUCCAGCUGGACCUUGUCGUUUUGACAGCUCCCUAGGUCUCUUAACAAAAAAGUUUAUCAAUCUGAUCAAACAUGCGGAAGAUGGUAUUCUGGAUCUCAAUAAUGCUGCUGAUACUUUAGAGGUGCAAAAGAGGCGGAUUUAUGAUAUAACAAAUGUUCUUGAAGGAAUUGGUCUCAUAGAAAAGAAGCUCAAAAAUAGAAUUCAGUGGAAGGGACUUGAUGUCUCGAGGACAGGAGACGUGGACGAAAAUUAUCCUAGUUUACAGGCACAAGUUGAAAACCUAUCUGAUGAGGAGCGCAGAUUGGAUCAGCAAAUAAGAGAAAUGCAGGAAAGGUUGAGGGACCUGAGCGAAGAUGAAAGCAAUAAGAAAUGGCUUUUUGUUACUGAAGAAGACAUCAAGGGCUUACCUUGCUUGCAGAAUGAAACCUUAAUAGCAAUUAAAGCUCCACAUGGCACCACUCUUGAAGUCCCAGAUCCUGAUGAGGCUGUUGACUAUCCCCAAAGGAGAUACAGGAUGGUCCUGAGAAGCACGAUGGGUCCAAUAGAUGUCUACCUUGUCAGUCAAUUUGAGGAGAAGUUCGAGGAGAUUAAUGGUGUUGAAGUACCUACAGACAUCCCCUCAAGUUCAGGGGUUAAUGAAAACCCAGCUACAACAAUGGUCACAGAGAAUAGAGGGAAGGAUGUUGAAAUUCAGGGACCAGAUGAUCAUAGAAUGUGCGCUGAUCCCACUGCUUCCCAGGACAUCAUGAGUGGGAUGAUGAAGAUUGUUCCCUCAGAUGUUGAUAGUGAUGCAGAUUACUGGCUUUUAUCAGAUGCUGAUAUUAGUAUCACAGACAUGUGGAGAACAGAACCUGGGGUUGUAUGGAAUGAAUUGGGUGCAAUUGAUGAAGAUUAUCCCAUGGUUAAUGUCAGCACACCACGGCCGCAAACUCCGCCAUCCAGUUCAACUCAAGUACCGGCUACUGCCAACCAGGUUGGGUUGAAGGUUCCGGUAAGUGUUCCCGGAGGAUCCAUCUGA